CUUUGACACUAUUUUCACAUCCACACACUGAUGGCGGGAGCUGCCAUGCAAGACCCUAACCACGACCCAUCUGGAGCAAGGGUCAAUUGUCUUGCUCAAGGACACACUGGACAUGACGAGGAUGAUGGAAGCUGCGGCUCGAACUACGGACCCUCAAUUUGCCACCACCGAGCCACGCCGUUCCCUACUCGAUGGAGCAUAAAAAGUCAAGUGCACCAGCAGCAGCAGCUGUCUGUCAGCCCCCAACUUCCCCUGCCCCUGAAUCAGCCCCAGUGCCCCCACAUGAGGAAAGAGCCGCCAUCCUCGUCUCCAGCGGGUCUUUCCAUGACGCCGCCAUCCUCGUCUCCAGCGGGUCUUUCCAUGACGCCGCCAUCCUCGUCUUCAGCGGGUCUUUCCACGACGACUCCGUCAUCAUCAUCGGAGUCAUCGUCGCCUUCGCGACCUCCAGCUUGCCGGCCGCAUAAGCCGUCAUCAGGCGCCCGCACGCGGCCUCCUCGUCGACCAAGAAUGUGGCCGUUUCAUGAAUGGCCUCCGCACUAUCAGCAGCUAGGCCCAGGACCCGGGCAUGGACGGUUACAGCUGAUGCCACCUUGUGUCCACCUCCUCGUCGGCCACGGCGGCGGUCUACCCGUCGCUGCCGUCUGACUCUUCCCCAUUGAUUGCGAGGACAUAUGGCCAAGCAACCCACCGCCUAGUCCUCCCUCUGCCCUCCCGUGACUUUGGACUUUUUCGGUUUUGUUUUUUAGAAAGUCUGAUAUCUGUUUUGUUGUGGGGGCAUUCUGUCACGGCUUGCACACCACACUGUGCCUUAUUUUAAGUUUCUUGGUAAAUUUCUGCGUGUCGUUUUAGUUCCUGUCUUGCACUCUUAUUAGGUGUUUUUUCACUUCCUGUUUUUCCCUUUCCUGCAGCAGUUUUACGCCUGCUUUCGAGCACGUUU